AUUCACAUAGUCAUUUGUUUAGAGUCUACGCCGCGGAACAGAUCAUUCAUUUUUAUUCCACAAAAGCAGUUUGUUGCUGUUGUUUAUACGUUUUUUUACUCUCUCAACAUAAAUUUAUUUACAUUUUUUAUUACAUGAAGUGAUCUACAGUUGGACGUUCAGAAACGAAAUUUUGCAGUUAGUGUUUCUGGUUAGUUAAAUUUUAUUCAAAAGUGAAAAUCAAAAUUUAAAAAAAAAAUUGGACUACCGAGAUUGCGAUGAUAAAGGGAUCUCAAACCGUUGAAACGGUUACAUAAAUGUAAGAAGAAGGACCUACUCAAAACGUCUGCGAUACGAAAGACGAAGUGGAAAGUCUGUCAAUAAGUAAUAAAAUCACCACACCUCAACUACAAGUUGAACCGAAGCAUAUUAAGCACCAGACCAAAGAGAACAUUUGUGCAAAAUGUCGAGUUUGUUUCUAAGCAGAUCGUUUAAUCGAGGUGGUAAAAAGUCUAAUGUAUCAGCCAACAAUAACACAAUCUACGAGAAAGAGAGUCCCGUCGAGGGAAAAAAUCGCUUGAACAAUACAGUUUGCGGUGCACCCAUAAAAAGUCCAUGCACCAAAUUUCAACGACACAAUUCGAAUCCAUUUCCGGCAACGGUUUCAUGUGCCACACCCGUCCAAGAGACACCGAAAAAGCUUGAUGAUUCGAGGCAACAAAAGAGUUUGGGGAAACUUCUCAAAUACAUUCGCCCGAAUUCGCGAAAGAAAAAGAAUCAGUCGAAGCAAGACCGUUCCUUCAAAGUGUACGAUGAGUUGAUCAUAUCGCCACAGGCAUCACCACAAGUGGGUCAAGUGUACGAGAAAAGCUUUAACCUGCAUGGAGACGAGGUUGAAUAUGCAGUGCCAUACAGUGACGUUCUAGCACCCAUCAUUAUCAAUGAUUCUGCAUCGACGGGACGUAGGAGUGUGACUACAGAAAAUUUAUUGGAUGAAUCGUGGAACGAUCGGUCGUUUGAUAUCAGUGCGAUGGAUUUUAUUAGUCCGGCAAAGAUAACCGAUUUAGAUAAAUCAUCACAUGGUUACAGAUCGCUACAUCAUAUUGGUAAGGAAAUCGAGGACAAUAGUAAUAGGGAUGUGUUAUCGGAACUAGACUCGUUAGAGAAAUGGAGCCAAAACAUACCGCAUCGAAGUCUGCCUGCACAUGAACCACCAAUAGACACAAUCGUCCACAUCAUCAAAUGCAAACCAAGAGAGAUAAAGCCCAAGCGCAGUAUUCUAAGGAAUACAAUCUCGUUACCACUGCAUUUUUCAUCAGGGUUCUUCCGCAAAACGCCCGUAGCGCUUCGAACUUGUUGUCCUCGCGACUCAGCAUCUGUUGGACUAGUUGAAGAGGCGAUUGAACGAGACUACGACAUUUUGAACAAAGUGAAGCAUUCGAACAUCAUCCUUCUGAUGGCAGCAAGUUUCCAAAAGAAAUCACUGGAACACAUGACAUUGGUUCUGGAACCGGUCGACUACACACUGAACUAUUUUAUUCAUCAAAUGGACACGACACUGUCGCUCGUUGAAUCCAUAUCGACUGUACAACAAAUUGCUAGUGCCGCGUUGUAUCUGCAAGAGUGUGGCUACAUUCACUCAAACAUCUCCAGUCAUAACAUCCUUGUUCGAGAAAAUCCGUGGUGCGUAAAACUGUCAUCGUUUGAGCUUACAACGGAAGUGGAUUUUGUCGAUACGAAAGCUGAACUUAUGAUCAAAUAUCGCCAUAAAUUGUCGUCAUUCAACAACCAAUGUACUGAUACACCCAAAUAUGCAACCAUUGGGAACGCAACUGCUUCACUGAAGGAUCGAUACAGACAAAUGUCGAAACUGUUGCCAAUUCUUAAAUGUUCACCCAAUACACAGCACAAGUAUUUGAGCAUGAUAUCCAGACAUCUUAUCUACGACACCAACUAUCGCCAGCACCUUUCGCUACACAAUUUUCAAGCGCCGGAACUACUAACGACUAAGUUGCAAUUCGUCUUUCCAACAACCAAAACUGAUGUCUAUUCACUAUGUCUACUGCUCUGGGAAAUGCUGAACAGCUGUGUACCCUUUGUCGUUUAUAGCAAAUUGGACAUGGAACGAAUGAUUGAGAACAAAAAGCUGAACUUGCCAUUUUUCGAACAAGAAAGGUGUCAACCGUUCAAGGACGUUUUGAAGAUUGGACUAUCGAUAAAUCCAGAGAAUCGAACCAUUGAUGUGCAACAAUUGAUCACAAUGCUGGAGGAUAUUAAGUUUCGAGUUCGGACUGGUGCGAAAGAUCAGGUUAAGGAACAACACACACAACGGAGCUAUUUCGAUCAUGAGAUGAAUACGUUCGUGAACACAAACGCAGAAGCUCAUCCAAUAUACAAAAGCUUAUCGGUUAGCUCAAUACAAUCACCGACUUUAACGGACUUUAAUCUUCGCUUACUCGAAAACGAAGUAACCAGCACGAAGAAGAGGCAAAGGAAAUCGCCACAAAAAUUCAUCAAGAAAAAGGCAUUCCGGCAACUGUUCAAGACUUCCAAGGAGACGGUAAACGAUUCGGAAUGUGUCCUACCUAACGAUCAUCUUGAAACCAUGGCUACUGAGCUGCGAAACGAGCAAUCACUGGACGAAAUCCAAGAGGAGGCCGAAAAUAAUUUCAAUUUAAUCGGAGCACCGUUGUCGUCCGAGGAAAAUGAAUUUCAAUCGAAUGAUUUUUUGAAAAGACAAGCAGACAGAGACGGCAGUUCAGAAAGAGAUUCCGAAUGGCGUAAGACCAGUCCGGAGAGAGUAGACGUUGGAGUCACUGGCGAGAAUCAAUCGGCCAAUUCCAAGUCGUGCGGCAAUCUGUUUGAUGCUUCCACAUCGAAGCCACCCGGACGAUCUUUUCAUUCCAAUAUCGUCUCACCGCCGGGAUAUGGAUUUUUUAAUGUUGGCGAAUAUUCGUUGCCAGAUACUCCUAUUGCACGCAAAAACAAAAUCCGACGUAAUGCCUGGCUGUCGAACAAAAGUCUGAAUGUAUCGAAUAAGGAAAUCGAUGAUCUGGCAAAGGAGAACAAUGACAAAUCAUUCAAUGAUAGUAAUCAACUGAACAUCAGCAUACGCAUCGUACACACCAAAGUCACGCCAAAGAAAUUGGAUAGUGGAAAUCCUCUGGUUAUGUCCAGAAUCAAAUUCUUUGAUUCAAACACGGAACAAUCGCUACCUGCAACAUCAUUCAACAAGACCAAUAACAGCGACGGAGUGGAAGACUUCGACUUAAACUAUUCAGCACAUUCUCCAAUCAAAUAUUCCAGUAGCAAAGAAUUAGUCGAAUUGACAACAGCUGAGAACAGCUUGCCGGGUAGCAGUGUCAAUAGAAGUACAGAUGAAAAUGGUAGCGUCAUACCAAUGCCCCGGAAGGACUGUGCUGACUCAAGGAAUCAAUCGGCAAACACUGAUCAACUAAACGAUUCAUUCGAAAAUAAACUUUGGAAGCGAGAAAUGAAUAUCUGUAACAGAUCUCAAGGCUCAAGCGAUACCGAUACCAAUAUUAUAGCACCAAAGUGGCAGUCGGUGCGAGACAAAAUAUUGAAAUUUGAAGAGCGUGGCAUAUCGACUACGAAACAAUCGUUACCAUCGUUAACAGCUGCAGCAGAAUUUGUGAGAAAUUUAUCGAAUUCAGUAACCAACAUCCAAUCGAACGAUAGAAGGUUGACCGAAGUACCGACAGUAAUUAAGCGUACCAUAUUCAGUGAGAGUACAUUCAAAGUAUCCGGUGUCGAUGCAGCAUCAAUAGACAAUCCGAUGCCGUUGUUCGAUCAACUGAAUGGGUCUGGUCAGAAACUAACUACUCAAGUAACGUUAAACAUGAGACAGAUUCGUCGGAGAUCAUUGGAUAUGGAUGAUGUAGAUCGACCCAAAAUCGAAGGAACAACUGGAAUGCGUCAUACGAUUUGUGGUAGCCAAAAGGGUUUAUUGAGUUUCAAUGCGGGUGAAUCGAAAGAUGGAUCAUCUGCUGAUAAAACCAAAUAUAUUUGCAGUGAUUGCACAACGAAAAUGACACCGGAAGAGUUAAGAGCAUUAACAUCGGUCGCUGAAACUUCACUUAACUCCACGAAUAUAACUCAACACUCGUCACAGUCGCCAGCCACAAGCAGCCGGAAAACGCCUCAGAGACGAUGCCAAGUUCGAGUGAAGUCACAGGACACCCGUUCCAUCGAAGACCUGUACAUAGACGAUGAUUUUGAUCAGGGACUUGGUGCUAACAUAGAACUGCAUUCGGAUUCUUCUGAUUUCCUCAAUUUUGACAUCAUUUCGGAUAUAUUCAAUAAAAGUAAAGAGGACACAUAGUCUUGGUUAUGUCACAUACCAGAUAGACAUUGUAUUCCAAUCUGGAAUUGAACGAAUGAAAUUCGUCAAAUGGAAUGUAGCUUUUAAGAUUUUAUUUAUAAAAUGUCGUAGAAGUAUAACGCGUCUUACCGAAUGGAAAUACAUUUUUGAUAUA